AUGGACAGAAGUUGGAUGAACGAGCCCGAUAGACUCUUAUCACCUGUAUAUGCCGAGGGUGUUAAAAAUUUCCUCACACAAGCACGAAAUCAUGCAAGUGGACGAGAUCGAAUUCGGUGUCCAUGUCGUACAUGCCUUAACAAUCUGUGGCUGCCUAUAUUUGAGGUGGAAACCCAUCUGUUUAUCAAAGGGAUCAAUCCAAAUUACACGCAGUGGAUAUUUCAUAGGGAGGAUGAGACAACCGACUACGUCAGUGAUGAUGAUAUUAGUGAUGAGGUUAUACCAGAAGAUGAUUACAUAGAUGACAUGCAGCAUAUGUUGGAUGAGAUUCGAGUAGGGACCUUUAUUGAUGUGCCCCAACACAACACUGCUAAGCCAAAUAGGCCACCAAUACUUGAAGAUUCACCAGCAACUACUUUUGACAAGCUACUGGAGGAUGCCCGACGUCCUCUUUUCGAGGGGUGUACAAAAUUUACGAAGUUGUCAUUCAUUGUCAAGUUAUUACACAUCAAAUCAAUCGGUGGAUGGUCAAUUAAGUCAUUUAACAUGCUACUUGAUCUGUUGCAGUCUGCCUUCCCUGAUGCACUCUUGCCACAAUCAUAUGAGGAGUCAAAGUCUUUAGAGCUUGGGUUGGGUUUCAAUUAUCACAAAAUCCAUGCAUGUCCUAAUGACUGCAUCUUAUUCUGGAAGGAAAAUGCCUUUCUUAAUGAAUGCCCUGUAUGUAAGGCUUCGAGGUGGAUGCCAAAUACACACGGCUCACGAGUUAUACCUCAAAAAGUGUUGCGCCAUUUCCCGUUGAAACCGAGAUUGCAGCGUCUCUUUAUGUCUGCGAAGAUAGCAGGUGAUAUGAGAUGGCAUAAAGAUCAACGGCCGAUAGAUGAUAUCAGCCUGAGACAUCCAGCUGACUCUGAGUGUUGGCAGAAAUUUGAUGAACAUCAUUGUUGGUUCGCUACGGAUCCGCGCAAUGUUCGGCUCGGUUUGGCCUGUGACAGCUUCACUCCAUUCAACAACUUGGCUAAACCUCAUAGCAUUUGGCCAGUGAUCCUUAUCCCAUAUAACUUUCCACCGUGUUCAUGCAUGAAAGAUCAAUUCUUUAUGACAUCUUUCAUUAUUCCUGGUCCAAAGUCACCAAGGAAUGAGAUCAAUGUUUACUUGCAGCCGUUGAUCGAUGAACUGUUUGAACUUUGGGAAUAUGGGGUCCCUACAUAUGAUGCAGCAACUAAGGAGACGUUUAUGUUGCAUGCUGCAUUGUUGUGGACAAUAAAUGACUUCCCUACCUAUGGGAAUCUCUCUGGAUGGUCAACAAAGGGAAAAUUAGCUUGUUCGUCUUGUAAUGCUGACACAAACUCCAAUUGGUUGAUAUACGGCCGAAUACAUUGUUAUAUGGGACACCGUCGUUUCUUACCGCCAGAUCACAUGUGGAGAAGGAGGAAGGGUUGUUUAAUGGCAAGGAAGAUCAUCGCAUGCCACCACGGGAUAUAG